GAAGUACCACCCCGAGGAAUGUGCGGAUACCUCUGACAGCUAACUGGUGACGUGGCCUGACGCUGAUCGCAUGGGUUCUGUCAGGAUUGAGUGACUAUUCGAGAUUCUUACCGCGUCUUUUCGGGUGCAAGGCUGUAGCGAACACCGACACAACACCCACCAGUCUACCCUAUCGUCCAAACGGUUAUCUCGAAUCAGACAAAUUCGACGUAUCUUUUCACCGACUAACCUCCUCCUACCUUGUCUGAGCCCCCAACAGAGGGUACUCUGGGUUGUUUGGCCCAACCACCCGUUAUUUUCAAUCCUCAAGACCAGGCAACUAAGCGAUGAACCCGGAUCUCGCGACAGGAUGGAUCAGAUGAUGGGAGAUGGGGGGAGGUUACCUCUCGAAGCAUGGUUUUGGGAGAUGCCCAUAUGCACUAGGUGGUGGACGACAGCGACUGUGUUGACCAGCGCGAUGGUGCAGUGUCAGAUUGUCACACCGUUCCAGCUCUUCUACAGUUUCCGUGCCGUUUUUGUCAAGUCACAGUACUGGCGGCUCCUAACCACGUUUCUCUACUUCGGGCCUUUCUCCCUCGACCUUCUCUUUCAUGUCUACUUCCUUCAACGCUACGCAAGACUCUUGGAGGAGUCAUCAGGACGCUCACCUGCCCACUUCUCGUGGCUUUUGGUCUAUGCUAUGAUAAGCCUCCUACUGCUCUCCCCUCUAGUCUCGAUGCCUUUCUUGGGACACCCUCUCUCCUCUACUCUUGUCUAUAUAUGGUCCCGCCGAAAUCCAGACACGAGGCUGAGCUUCCUGGGUCUGUUGGUUUUCACAGCACCGUAUCUGCCGUGGGUCCUAAUGGCCUUCAGCUUGGUUCUACAUGGUUCUAUCCCUAAAGAUGAAAUUAUGGGAGUCGUCAUAGGCCACGUAUGGUACUUCUUCACCGAUGUCUACCCCCCACUGCAUCAUGGUUCGAGGCCUUUUGAUCCACCGUCGUGGUGGAGGCGGCUUUUCGAGGCAGAAGCCCCGAAUGACGAGACACGCAACCCUAUUCGCCAUGAUAAUCUUGCUGUGGGUGCUCCGGACAUCGCUGGCGAAGUCCGGUGAUCGGCACUUCAAAUCAGAUUCGAUCUUGUUUCUGGCGACUAUGUCAAAUUCUUAUGGGAGAGGCCACCCUGAUGCAUCAGUUGCAGUCAGUCUCAACAGCUAUGGACGGCCUCGGGAUCUACAACACCGCUACGCAAAGCUGUCUCUACUGGGGCAAAGGAUGGGGCUGUAGCACACCAGCUUCAUAAACCCACGUAUGUCACGAUCAGAUAUCAAUAAAGCCUAUCGGACACAGGACUAUUUCAGAGAUCUUUCUUCAGAUUGGCUUCCAGAGGUAUCGGCCAGCUUAAUAAAGGGGGUCUCCUUUAUAGCCAUAGGUGCUCUCUAAGAUGAUUUAUAAUAUACUAGGAGUCGGAAUAUAAAUAAAGGUACGGAAUUAUAUGUGUAUUUAUCUAAGUUCGUAGUACUUUACGGGGAUAUCUAACUAUUAGAAAAAAGCAGGGG